AUGCUCGACCAGAUCAGGAGAACAGAGCUACCCGUACACCCUGUAUACAUCAACACAGGAACUUCAGCGGGCAUCAGUUUGAGUCUCUUGCGAAGCUUCCGAACGGAAUGGCUAACCACCUUUGACUGGGACCGUGAGCAAAAGGCCUUGAACAAAUUCAACCACUACACGUCCGUAAUUGAAGGGCUGACAAUCCACUUCAUCCAUGAAAAGUCGAAGGCUCAAGAUGCUAUCCCCCUGCUUCUCGUCCAUGGCUGGCCCGGUUCUUUCCUAGAGUUCACUCCCAUCAUCAACGAACUUACCAAGCAGGCAACCACAAUGACCGGAAAGAAGGUCUCAUUUGAUGUGGUCGUGGUCUCUCUACCCGGCUUUGCGUUCUCUUCUGUACCGCCGGUGAUUUGGACCGCGGCAGAUACAGCCCGUGUUUUCAACACGCUGAUGACGAAGGUCCUUCACUAUGACACAUACGCCACCUUUGGAACCGACUGGGGUGCAGGUAUUGCGUACAGCAUGUACGAUCAGUUCAACAGCACUGUCCGCGCAGUUUCUCUGGACUUCCUACCCUUCCACCCUUAUACUUCGGAUCAGCUCGCUGCUGAGAACAUCACACUAUCGCCCUUAGAGGAAUUCGAGCAGGCCGCUGCAAUAGAGUGGAACAAUUCAGGCGAGGGUUAUUUCAUCGAACAGACUACCAAGGCCAACACAAUCGGCCUCGCACUAUACGACAACCCAGUCGGCCAGCUUGCUUGGAUAGGAGAGAAAUUUGUCAACUGGUCCGAUCCCAACGCGGGAAAAUCGCCUUCAGUGCUCACUCACAAUGAGAUUCUUCGCAGUGUCUCUCUCUACUACCUUUCCGAAAGCUUUGCCUCGUCUGUUAUAAUUUACCAACAGAACCCCAAUGGUUUCACAACUGUGUACACCAAAGCGAACAACGACGCCCCUCUACUCUUCAGUGCUUUCAAAUAUAAUGUUGGGUUUUGGCCCCCCGCGGUGGUCGCAAAGACUGGAAACUUGGUCCUAUAUAGUAACCACGAAGCUGGUGGCCAUUUUCCCGGUCUUGAUAACCCUCCUGCUUUACUGGGAGAUCUACGUGAGAUUGCGACUUAUUGGUCUGGAUAG